AUGAUAAAUACAAAGACUAGUUAUAUUGUCUCAAAGGCAUCUAAACAAAGUUAUUCCAGUAUUUUACAAUUGCGUCUGUAUUCUAAGUCUACUAAACCCAACAAUGCUACUACUACAAGAGACACGUCUUUUACCUCAAGUUUGCAGAGAAAUAAUUUCAAUCUCUCUAGCAACAUCAUAGAUAAUACUAAUAACACUACAACUUCAUAUCUAUUCCAAGGUGUCAAGUCUCAAAGAAACAAAUUGACUGUUGAUGGUCCAAUUGAAUGUCCUCUAUCAGGUACAUAUCUAUUGAAUUCACCUCUAUUUAAUAAAGGUACCGCUUUCACUGAACAAGAAAGAGCAGACUUUAAAUUAAACGGGCUAUUACCCCCACAAAUUAAUACUCUUGAUGAACAAUUGGAAAGAGCUUAUAAACAAUUAUGUACUUUGAAGACUUCUAUCGCUAAAAAUGAUUUUAUGACUAAUUUGAGAGUCACCAACAAAACACUUUAUUUUGCCCUGGUGAAAAAACAUAUUAAGGAGUUGGUGCCAAUCAUUUAUACACCAACAGAAGGUGAUGCCAUUGCUACUUAUUCCAACAGAUUCCGUAAGACUGAAGGUGUUUUCUUAGAUAUUACUGAACCAGAUUCAAUCGAGGAAAGACUGGCUGCUUAUGGUGGUGAAGCUAAAGAUAUCGAUUAUAUCGUUGUAUCUGAUGCAGAAGGUAUCUUAGGGAUUGGUGACCAAGGUGUUGGUGGUGUUCGUAUUUCUAUUUCUAAGAUGGCUUUGAUGACUCUUUGUGGUGGUAUCCAUCCAGGUCGUGUAUUGCCUGUUGUCCUGGAUGUAGGUACAAACAACAAGAAAUUAGCAAGAGAUGAAUUAUAUUUAGGUAAUAGAUUCUCUAGAAUACGCGGCCAACAAUAUGAUCAAUUUGUUGAAAAGUUCAUUACAGCAGUUAAGAAGCUUUAUCCUCAUGCAGUGUUACAUUUUGAAGAUUUCGGUGUUAAGAACGCAAGAAGAAUCCUGGACAAAUAUCGUCAUGAAGUGCCAUGUUUUAAUGACGAUAUUCAAGGCACAGGUGCUGUUGUUAUGGCUUCUUUAAUUGCUGCUUUAAAACACACUCAUAGAGAAUUGAAGGACACUAAAGUUAUUGUUUUUGGUGCAGGAUCUGCUGGUCUUGGUAUAGCUGAUCAAAUCGUGUCUCAUAUGGUUACUCGUGGUGUGCCAAUUGAGGAAGCUCGUUCAAAGAUUUACUUAAUGGACAGACGUGGUUUAAUAUUACAAUCAUAUAAAGAGGGUUCUACUGCACAACAACACGUCUAUGCUAAACCGGAUAAAGACUGGGUUGGUGUUGAUACUAAAUCAUUAUUUGAAAUUGUCUCUAAUGUGAAACCAACUUGCCUAGUGGGGUGCUCCACUAAGGCUGGUGCUUUCACCAAAGAGAUCAUCCAAGAAAUGUACAAACAUAAUCCAAGGCCUAUCGUUUUCCCAUUAUCCAACCCAACUAGGUUACAUGAAGCUGUUCCAGAAGAUUUGAUGAAAUGGACAAAUAACGAUGCUUUGGUGGCUACAGGUUCCCCAUUUGAGCCAGUAAAUGGAUAUCGUAUUUCACAAAAUAAUAAUUGUUAUUCCUUCCCAGGUAUUGGAUUGGGUGCAGUUUUAUCUCGUGCUUCUUAUAUAAGUGAUAGAAUGAUUUCAGCUGCUGUAGAUGAAUUAGCAUCUUUAUCCAACUUGAGAGAGGGCGACUCUACACCAGGUCUAUUGCCCGGACUUGAAGUGAUCACUCAUACAUCAUCAAGAAUUGCAGCUGCUGUGAUAUUGGAAGCUCUCGAUGAAGGUGUUGCCACUAUCGAAAAUGAAUUAGAUCCAGCUAACCCUGGUCAAAAUGUAAAAGUCCCACGUGAUUUCGAAGCCUGUGUUGAAUGGGUUAAAAAUCAGAUGUGGGAACCAAUCUACAGGCCAUUAGUUAAAGUUAAGUAUGACCCAAAAGUUCAUACUAACCAGAUCUAA